AACACACCUCCGACGCCAUUAGUUCUUCGCGAACUGCCGUGAAAAAAGUAGAGGGAGGGUUUUGUGGAAGUUUGGAUAGCUGUUUCUUGCGUUAAAUUUCUAUCUGUCUUGCUUUUGCAUUGCUUGCUGAGUACAUCUGUCGGUAAACAUUCACUUAUUUUUAUUUCGGAGCAUAUGACAUAUGUGACCCGGGAGGAAGAUGCAGUUCUAUGCGUGAAGUAAGUUGCGCGCCAUCAUGGUAUGACGUCACACAGGAAUAGACGACUUCAGUUCUACUCCCUUGUGUUGGCCGAGGUUCAAGAUUAUCAAGACAUCGCCUCUGCCUCCUCUCCUGCAUCUCAUAUCCUCAAGAAGCAACAACAGCUGAUUGACUGGCUCCCAGAGCUGACCUGCUGCCUCUGAGAGCAGGACAUGGAGUUCCAUGCGGACUCAUAUGCCACGGACCGUCAGAACAAUCGUGACUGGGAACGUCGGCAAUCACGUGACAGAGUAAAUCGAGCUGAGUUCUCUGGUGCCCAAGAAUGGGAAGAGGAGGACGAUGAUAAUGCCACUGAUCGUUGGGCUCAAGAUCGUAGGCCUGACGACAGAGACAGGGACAGAGAGCGAUACCGAGAAAGGGACAGAGACCGAGAACGUUACCAUGAAAGGAGGGACCGAGAUCGGGACAGAGAGAGGGACAGAGAUAGAGAAAGGGACCGAGACCGAAGCAGAGACCAUAGAAGAGAAGACAGGGAUGACAGCAGGGAUAGAAGAGAACACCGUCGUAGAGACAGUGAUGACGAUUCGAGUGACAGAAGAAUGAAGCGAGAUGAGGAUGAAAACUCUCCCAGGGACAUGGAUUUAGAGAGCUCUGAUGGAGAUCCUGCCGGCCAAAACAACUGGACAUCUGACUGGCGCAGCAAUGCUACACCUAACCACACCAUUGUCAUUAGAGGCCUUGCUCAACAUAUCACCGAAAAUGAUAUACGUCAAGAUUGUAUGCAAGGAGGAGUUACACCAAAGGCUAUUCGAUUGAUCCGCAGAAAAGACACAGGUACCUCAAGAGGCUUUGCUUUCGUCGAGUUUAACAGCACCCAGGAAGCUUCUCGGUGGAUGGAGAUGAAACAGGGUGUGCUGAUGCUACAAGAUCAGUACCGAGCUGUAAUGCAGUACAGCAAAAACCCUCACGACCGAAUAGGAGGCCCACCUCCAGGAAGACCCUUAGCACAGGAUUGGAAUUGCAUUAGGUGUGGAGGCCACAACUUCAAAAACAGAACUGCUUGUUUCACAUGCCAUGUACCAAGACCAGAAGCAGAAGAUAUGGCUGCAUCAGCUAUAGGUUUAGAAGAAAUUAGCCCUGUACCAUCAAGUACUAUUCUUCUUCGUGGAUUGGAUCCCAUGUCAACAGAAGAUACUGUGUUGGCCGCCAUAAAACCCUACAUUUCUCUAGUUCCCUUACGCAGCAUUCAUAUUGGUCGAGAUCCUCUCACAAAUCAGGCACGGGGUUUAUGCUAUUUGGAGCUUCGUAGUGUUGUUGACAGCAUGUUUCUGUAUCAAACUCUGGCACUCAACCCUCCUGUGAUAGAUGGACGAAGAGUUUUGGUAUCGUACUGCAAAAUGAUGGGUGUUGACGUUGGGGCAGCACUAGCAAUCUCUGCUGCUAAUUCAGCAGCACUUGCAGCAGCACAACUAAAUCAUCAUCAACUCAUACUUCAGCAGCAACAAGUUAUUGUGGCCCAACAUCAUCAUCAGCAGCAAGCAGCUGCUGCAGCUGCCAUAGUCGCCCACCAUCACCAACAGCAACAGCAGCAGGCAGCCACGGCAGCCUUGCUUGGCUCCGGUCAUAUUCCUGGUGCACAGUACACAUUGGAAGAUGUCCCUCGACUAGCCGAGUAUUCUGCAAAUUUGUAUGCAAAUACUCCAGAAGAGCGUGCAGCAUUUUUGCAGUACUAUCAACAAUAUUAUGCAACUCAAAUAGCUGAGGGUGCUGCAAUUACCCUACCUGUGCAGGUGGAGGGUGGUGCUAUGGCUGCAGCUGCUGCUCAUCAAGUAGUACUUCAGCAAAUGCACGCCGCCGCAGCUGCCGCCGCUGCCAAAGACCAUGAUGACGCCAAGAUUGAAUUGCUUAAGAAACUGAAGGGAACAGAUGUCAGGUCAAAGGCAAAUGUUGGCAAACUUGCAGUUGAACAAGCCCAAGCUGCAGCUGCUGCUCAAAAUCAGUCAGCUCUUCAAAACUCUGACAGUUCAGUAUCAGGAAAGACUGGACCACAACCCAGAAGGGAGAUGGUUGAUUUCACAAACACCAAGCAUUCACCUCCUGAUGUGAGCACUUACCAGUAUGAUGAGAGCUCAGGUUAUUAUUAUGACUCAAGCACCGGACUUUACUUUGAUCCCAAUUCACAAUACUAUUGGAAUGCCCAAACACAACAAUUUAUGUAUUGGGAUUCGGAACGGUCCACAUAUCUUCCUGCACCCUCAGACGGAAAUGAUCCUUCUUUAUCAAAUGGUGCAGGUUCUAGAGAUGAUGGCUCAAAGAGGGAUGGGAAGAAGGGGGAAAAGUCUGACAAAGUUAAAGUUGCAAAGAAGAUAGCCAAGGAUAUGGAGCGGUGGGCAAAAUCUCAGAACCAACGAAAGAAUAUGAACCAAAUGAAUCUCCCAUCUAAUAAUAUUCCUGAAAAAAGUGGCGCUGCUGAUGCUGGUUUUGCCAUUUUAGAAGGAAGGUCUAAGGUGACUUUGACUAUGGCAAAUCAGGCUCCCAUGAUAGAUAAUCUCAACCACUCUCCAUCUAGGGGUGAACCAACCUUAAACAAUUCCAGCAGUACUCUGGUUGCUGCGUAUGGUGGGGGAUCUGAAUCCGAAGAAGAAAUUGAAGAUGUCCAACAGGAAGAAAAACAGCAUCUGGAUUGGUCCAAAUUAGCAUGCUUGUUGUGCAAACGUCAGUUCCCUAGCAAGGAAGGCCUCAACAGACAUCAGCUUCUUUCAGACUUGCACAAACAAAACUUAGAAACGUGGUAUCGGUCAAGAGGUCUUGACCCUCAUGAUCCCCAACAGAGGAACAAUAAAUAUCGUGAUAGAGCAAAGGAAAGAAGACUAAAGUAUGGAGAGCCUGACAAACCAAACCCAAACCGGCUGAAGGAAAAGUAUUUGAAGUCAAGACAGGACAGUUCAUCCACCUAUGAAGAGCCUACUAAAGCAGGCAUUGGUGCUGAUAACAAGGGCAACCGGUUAUUGCAGAAGAUGGGAUGGCAGGAAGGAAUGGGCUUAGGUAAAAGCAAUCAAGGGAGAACCACAAUUAUCCAGGCUGAACAGCGUGUCUCAACAGCUGGUUUAGGAUCAAAACAAUCUAGCUAUACACCACUUCCAGGUGAAACAUACAAAGACUGUGUUAAAAAGAUGAUGUUUGCACGAUAUCACGAACUUUCUGAACAGGAGAACGGGGGUAGUUAAUUUGAUUCUGUUUCAAAAUACAAGGCCAAAAUAUUCUCCUUUAUUUUACUAACUAAUUAGGCAAUCUUCCCAAUUUGUGACUGACUGUAGUCGUAAGCCUACUAAGGGUAGGGGCAUAUGCUUUAAUUUAUUGAUCACUACUUCUGUUUUAUGAGCUUCAAUAUUCAUUGUUUGCUACACAUUAUGAAUAACUUUGUACUAUGAUCUUCAUUCUACGUAUUACUAUUACAUUAUUAGACUAGUAAAAAAGUUUCCAGUCUGUCUUUUAGGAGUAUUCCUAGUUGUAAAAAACAAUGCUAAACAUUUGUAUGAGCACAUUUUUAUGUUACAUGUAAAUAGAUUGGGCUCUAACCGUGGAUUAACUUCAAACAAUUCAAAGAAAUCAAUUUUAAAUGCUGGACUGUUGCACUCUGUCAGCCUAGCUGAUUGAUAGAUGUUAUGUGUAAGCCCCUUUAAUUUGUGAUAUACUUUGUACAUAAUUUUUUGAUUGUCUAUUUGUACUCAUAGAGUUUGUUGGAACUGCAUAAUGUAAAUGUUAUGUACAGAUUGAAUCACCAAUCUCCUCAUUCCUGCUUGUUAUAUUUUCGCCUCUCCAAGAACUACUCAAUUGUGUGUGUGUGAAAUUAUAGCAGCCAGAGGAUGUUGCAGAAAACAAUUGUUAGUGCUUCCAUCAUUGUUUUCAGUCCGUUUCUUUUCGUAGAUAGCCUUCCAUGAAAGUAUGCUCAAAUUAUAUCUACACGAAUUUUUAAAUAGACCUAAGUACUGUUAGUUUCACUGCAGCAAAAUAUUGAUCUAUUUAAAAACCUUCAAAGUAAUUGCAUAUGCUCUCUUGUUAAACUUUGUUCCGUGCAAAAGUUGCCAAUUAUUUAUGCAAGUUUUUUUUGUUUUUUUUUUUAAUUACUGCAUGUUUUUGUAUGAUAUGUAUAACUUGGUGUUGUAUCCAAGUGUCCUGUAUAAAAUAACAGCAAAAUUUGCUAUGUAAAUAAAUGAUUCCCUUAAUAGAAA